AUGGCCCCCGAGCUCAUUGGGGUGAUGGCCCAGUUCUUGCAGGUGGCCGGUUGGCCCAUAGACAUCGACACCAAACAGGCAGAUGUGUAUGCAUUGGGCAUAACGGUGGGCCAGUCGUUGAUAGGCACCCGGUGUUUAGGGCCCCCCAGAUGCUAUGCCGACGCGAUGCUGUUUAGCGACCUCUACCAUCCCCGCAAAUGGGUGACCGACUAUCUCGUGACAACCGGUAAGUUCCCGGAAAGCCAUCCCAUCAUUCAAUUGGUGUUUAGUAUGAUUCAAAAAGACCCGCAUAUGAGGGUUACCAGUAAACAGGUGGACAGUUAUCUCUGGUCUGUGCCCUAA